AGUCGCAGCUUGAGAGAAUCGAGCUCUGUUACAUUGACUGGUUCUCUUGCUUGUAUUUUGGGCAUUCUGAUGAUUUGAUUCAUCAGUUAUGGGGGUUGGGGAGAAAUGGGUGGUCGGAUGCUGCUGAAUUAUACAUUUUCCGGAGAUGAGACGAAGGUCAGGAACUACCCAUUAACAGUAUCUACAUGAUAGUUAGGUUCGGCUUCCUGGUUGCUGCUUCAAUUGCAGCCUAUGCAGUUAGGCAGAUAAACGUUAAAUCUUCGAAGCCACCAACUGCUUCAGUCAAGGCUUCAGGGAACGGUGAAGCUGGGUUUGAACAACAUCAGAAUGAAGAGGAAGCUGAGCAGAGACAGUUCAUUGAUUUCAUUGUUGACACAGAAAAGGAACAGGGGGAGGAUGAAGAGGAGGAAGAAGAGGUUAAAAGAAUAAGUAGUGUAAUCAGCCCUGUCUCGGGAAAUACUCCUGCUCUUGAAGAAGAGCAAAUCUUACCAGAAUUUGAAGAGUUUCUUUCUAGGGAAAUUGAGUUACCACCGUACGGUGAUAAAGAAAAGAUGUAUGAGACCGAGAUGGUGAACACAAAUGAACUGGAAAGGCUACGUAACCUGGUAAAGGAAUUGGAAGAGAGGGAAGUGAAGCUUGAAGGUGAAUUGCUCGAGUACUAUGGCCUGAAGGAACAGGAAUCAGACGUUGCUGAGCUACAAAAGCAGCUGAAGAUCAAGACCGUUGAAAUUGACAUGCUGAACAUCACCAUUAAUACCUUGCAGGCUGAGAGGAAGAAACUUCAAGAAGAGAUUGCCCAGGGUGUAUCAGCAAGGAAGGAGUUGGAGGUGGCGAGGAACAAGAUCAAGGAGCUGCAGAGGCAGAUUCAACUUGAUGCCAACCAGACCAAGGGCCAGUUACUGAUGCUCAAACAGCAGGUUACUACUCUUCAGGCAAAGGAGGAGGAAGCCUUCAAGCAAGAUAAGGACUUGGAGAAGAAGCUGAAUGCUGUGAAGGAAUUAGAGGUGGAAGUCGUGGAGCUUAAGAGGAGGAAUAAAGAACUUCAGCAUGAGAAGAGGGAGUUGAGUAUUAAACUGGAUGCUGCCGAAGCUAGAGUAACAACUCUCUCCAAUAUGACAGAGAGUGAAAUGGUUGCCAAUGCAAGGGAGGAGGUUAAUAGCUUAAAGCAUACAAAUGAAGACCUCUUAAAGCAGGUGGAAGGGCUUCAAAUGAAUAGGUUCAGUGAAGUUGAAGAGUUAGUGUACCUACGUUGGGUCAAUGCAUGUUUGAGAUAUGAGCUGCGGAACUACCAGACGCCAGCUGGGAAGAUAUCUGCUCGUGAUCUCAGUAAGAGUUUGAGCCCAAAAUCUCAAGAGAAAGCUAAGCAGCUGAUGCUAGAGUAUGCAGGAUCAGAACGUGGGCAAGGAGACACUGACCUGGACAGCAUUUCUUCUCAUCCAUCCUCUCCUGGUAGUGAGGACUUUGACAACACUUCAAUAGAUAGCUCCACAAGUAGAUAUAGUAGCCUAAGUAAGAAGCCAAGCUUAAUCCAGAAGCUGAAAAAGUGGGGCAAAAGCAAGGAUGAUUCAAGUGCUCUUUCAUCACCAGCCAGGUCCUUUGGAGGUUCACCCAGGAUUAGCAUGAGCCAUAGAACAUCCAUGUCUAGAGGUCCAUUGGAAACCUUGAUGCUAAGAAAUGCAGGUGAUAGUGUGGCCAUAACUACAUUUGGAAGGAAGGAUCAGGAUCCCAUUGAAUCUCCAGAAACACCAAAUCUACCACGCCUUCGAGUACAAAUUCCUUCUAGUGAUUCACUAAAUCCUGUAGCAUCUUCUUUCCAACUAAUGUCUAAAUCUGUUGAAGGGGUGCUUGAUGACAAGUAUCCUGCAUACAAGGAUCGGCACAGAUUGGCCUUAGAACGGGAGAAGGCAAUCAAGGAAAAGGCUGAGAAAGCAAGAGCAGAGAGAUUUGGAGAUGGCUCAAAUGUGAAUUCAAGCCCUGGCUCUGGAGCCAAGGCUGAGAAAGAGAAACCUGUAACAUUGCCACCAAAACUCGCUCAUAUAAAGGAGAAAGUUGUUGCUACUAAUUCAGGUGAACAAACCGGUGACAAUGACAAGGUUGAUCCCCAAGUAGUGAGCAAGAUGAAACUUGCCCACAUUGAGAAGAGGGCUCCAAGGGUGCCUAGGCCACCUCCUAAACCUUCUGGUGGUGCUCCCACAUCUGCUGGUAUGAAUGGUAACCCAUCAAGUGGAAUACCAGCCCCUCCACCACCACCGGGUGCACCACCACCACCACCUCCUCCUCCAGGUGGACCACCUCGCCCACCUCCUCCACCAGGAAGUUUGCCAAGAGGAUCAGGUACUGGUGAUAAAGUUCAUCGGGCUCCUGAGCUAGUUGAAUUCUACCAGACUUUGAUGAAACGUGAGGCAAAGAAGGAUACCUCCACUUUGACAUCAUUUACACCCAAUACAUCAGAUGUUAGAAGCAAUAUGAUUGGGGAGAUUGAGAACAGAUCAUCAUUCCUUUUAGCUGUGAAAGCUGAUGUGGAGACACAAGGUGAUUUUGUCCAGUCCUUGGCCACUGAAGUCCGAGCAGCUUCUUUUACCAACAUAGAAGACUUGGUGUCAUUUGUAAACUGGCUUGAUGAGGAGCUCUCUUUCUUGGUUGAUGAGCGUGCAGUUCUCAAGCAUUUUGAUUGGCCUGAAGGUAAAGCUGAUGCAUUGAGAGAGGCAGCUUUUGAAUACCAGGACUUAAUGAAGUUGGAGAAGCAAGUCUCUACUUUUGUUGAUGAUCCCAAACUCUCCUGUGAAGCUGCACUGAAAAAGAUGUACUCAUUGCUUGAAAAAGUGGAACAAAGUGUCUAUGCACUCCUACGGACAAGGGACAUGGCUAUUUCACGGUACAGGGAGUUUGGAAUUCCGGUUGAUUGGUUGUUGGACUCGGGUUUGGUGGGCAAGAUUAAGCUUUCAUCCGUACAAUUGGCAAGGAAAUACAUGAAAAGAGUAGCAUCAGAGCUUGAUGCCAUGGACGGACCUGAAAAGGAGCCAAAUAGAGAAUUUUUGCUUCUGCAAGGCGUGCGCUUUGCAUUCCGUGUUCAUCAGUUUGCUGGAGGCUUUGAUGCAGAAAGCAUGCGGGCUUUUGAAGAGUUGAGGAGCCGAGUUCAUAAGCAAACAGACAAUGCUGAUAAGCUGGAGGAAUGAAAAUUAUCCUUCUUGUAUUUAUGUUGAACUUCCCAUUCUAUAUGUAGUUUUGGUCCCCAUAGUUAUUCAAUUAUACUGGAUAGUGUAACAAUCAUCAUUCACCAGUUCUGAGCAAAAUAGAAAGUAUACAGAGUUUUACUACAA